GAGAACAACUGAGAAUGGGAAUUAGUACUACGCAGGUGGCGCUUCGAUCUUUCAAACAAACCAUCUGGCCACUCUGAUAAGCACUGAUAGGAGCAACAUGGCUGAUAUGAUUGAGAAUGAAUCAGCUGAAACGCUUCUGUCAAUGAAAAGUGGUGAAUAUUUGUCCGUUGAUGAGAUCAAGACAGAAGUAGACGAAGACUCAAUGGAUAUCGAUGAUAAUCCCGUUUCUAACAAUUCAUUUACCGAGGAUGUUGAUGAAUCCGAGCGAAUGCCAGAACUGGGCCCAGCAGCACUUGGUCUUCAGCGUGUUGGCACAAAACCACCGCCUAAAAAGAAAAAUCCUCCUCAACCAGUUCAAGCUUUGAAUCGACGAGGAAUGCCAGCUAGAAUUCGCAAAAAAAAUAAGCUUUUUUUUGAUGAUGCCCUGGUAAAUCAUCCACAUCACAGAAUUAAAAAAGAAGCUGUAAGAAUAGAAACAAAACAAUCUCCUCGCAAAGUUUCUCGGCCAUCACCAGUAAAAAAACCAUCUAAAAAAAUUGCGCCACCAUCAUCAUCGUCGUCAUCAUCUUCAUCACCACCAGCGUUACCACCUGCACCAUUAUCACCAAGAAUACCGACGCCACCACCUCGAACACCAACUCCACCACCUAGAAUACCUACACCACCACGAACACCAUCACCACCACCACCUUCAUUAUUGUCAUCAUCAACAUCAACUAAAGAAAAGAAAGAUUUAGAAAAACAGACAGCACCUUCAGGUUCUCCCGAUCGUAAAAUUGGCCAAAAAAUUGGCAUGAGACUACGUAAUCUUUUGAAACUACCAAAAGCUCAUAAAUGGGUCUGUUACGAAUGGUUUUACAGCAAUAUUGAUAAGCCACUAUUUGAGGGUGACAAUGAUUUUAUGAUAUGUCUCAAAGAAUCAUUUCCUCAAUUAAAAAGUCGUAAAUUAACUCGUGUUGAGUGGUGUAAAAUUCGGAGAAUGAUGGGAAAACCACGUCGUUGUUCUCAAUCAUUUUUUGAAGAAGAACGUCGUGAAUUAGAAAGAAAAAGACAAAAAAUUCGAAUGUUACAACAAAGGAAAACAGCUGAUGCAAACAAUUUUAAAGAUUUACCUCCAGAAAUUCCGUUGCAAUCUGUUAUCGGAACGAAAGUCACUGCACGAUUAAGAAAACCUCAAGAUGGAUUAUUCACUGGUUGUAUUGAUGCUGUUGACACAAGCAAUAAUACAUACAGAAUAACAUUUGAAAGAGCAGGUCUUGGAACCCAUAGUGUUCCAGACUAUGAAGUUUUGUCAAAUGAGCCACCAGACACAGUAAGCGUUGCUUCAUUUGCACAUAAAUUUCGACCUCGUCAAAUUCAAUAUGUUCCUUCUCCACCCUAUACAUUUAAACUUCGUCCUCCAAACAUAAGUGAUCCAUUGAUAUCAAAUAAUGCUAUUCCAUUUUCAAAAAAAACUCACGUUGGCGGAAAUAUGAAUGGAUAUCCACUCAAGCUUCUUGAGUUAAUGGUAAAAGUUAACAAAAUUUUGGCAUUAAAAAAAAUAAAAAUUGAUAAUAUUAAAGAAAUGAAUGCUGAAGCAGAAAAGAAAAAAUCUUUCGGUGAAUUUUUACCUCUUGGUUUUGAACAAAAAUACGCAGCUAUUGUUGUUGAGCUAGAAAAAAUGAAUACCGCACUCCAAGAAUUUUUAAAUGAUAUACAAGAACUUUGCUUGGAAAUCGCACCUGAGCCAAGUGUUGCUGCUAUGCUUGUGCCUUCUCAUCUUCGAGAAGUGUGCCGACAAGACGCUGCUGACAUGGUGAUUAAAAAUAAUAUUAUUUUUGAUAAAGCACCAACACCAAUGAAUCAACUUGUAAUAGAUUUGACUGCACUGAUGCUUCAAGUUAAGUGUCUUUCAGAUUCAGAUCGAAAUGCGUACGAACUUAAAGUCUUGCAGGGUACAGUGGAACAAUUAAGAUCCUGUUUGACUCCAAAAAAUCAACAAGUUUUUCAAAAUUGUGUGGAAAUUCACAUUCAACACAUUCAACUUGGACUUGGAAAAGUCGGUGCACUUAAACCUUUUAUGAAUUCGAAAGCUUAACUCUAAGCUGACUCAACAAGGUUAACGCUCGAUGUUUACCAAUUCAUCUUUUAAAAUAAAACAAGUCAAGACGACUUUAUCAUAAGAUUUAGUGUAUCGCAUAGUGUAAAACAUACUAUACUUUAUAGAUUAAUUUUAAUAACAAGAUAAAUUAAAAUCAAAAAAUCCUUUGCAUGCUAAUAAAAAAAAAAAAUUAAAUUUCCAAUCUCGACGGAAAAAUACGAAUGGGUCUUUAAAUUUGAUAUUUUGUAUAUUACCUAAAUAAAUUAAUUUUUUUGAUUGUAUUGA